AUGCCGCGUCAACUCACCAACUUUUCUGGCGCAUGCGCCCAUUGUCGUUCGAAGAAGCUCAAGUGCGAUAGAAAUGCUCGAGUCUGCGCCAACUGUGACCGCGCAAAGACCCCAUGCAUAGAGAUUGAUCCGAUCUCUGGGGAGCAGUACGAGAGAGGAUACAUUGAAGACUUAAAGGCGCGAGCAGCCUAUCUUCGAGCCGCCUAUCUUCAAGCCAAGGCCAAUAGUCCAUAUUCACAGGCCGUACCGCCGAAUGUCUCGACUCCUGUUGAGCUUCAAGGCCAUGACAUCUCGCCAAACGUGAAAUCUAUUGCCGGGUCUUCAUCUAAGGCUACAGGGACUCCCAGAUUCACCGACGGCAGUAUUUUUAGUCUUGGGCAUCUGGUAGCCGCAGCGCUGUCUAUGCACUUCCCCCAAGGCAUGGGAUUCCAAGCGGGAUCACUGCUACAGCAACAAACCGAUGGCAUUGAGAUCUCUCUGAGCGAUGAGGACAACCUGCCGCCUCUCUCUGUGGCUUGCGAUCUGACUGAUGCCUAUUUUGAGAUAGGCUUUCAAAGAGUCUCUCCUUUUAUGAGUAAAAGUCAGGCCUAUGAGCAGAUCGAGCGUUUGUAUGACAAUCGCUCUUCCUCAGGAUCCCCCCUUGAAAGAAAAAACGACUUGUAUCAGCUGUUCAUGAUUUUUGCAGUCGGUUCGCCAUAUUCGAGGCGGCCAUCAUCAAGCAAAUCUCCAAUCCAUUACUAUGCUUCCGCCAUGCAGUAUGCCGAAGAGGUCUUGUCACUCACAGAUGGCGAGACUCAAAUCCAAAACACCCUGCUACUCCUCGUUUUCGCUCAUCAGCACGCCACUGGAAUCGGCAGCAGGUGGAAACUAGCGAGGCAGGCUAUGAGAACAUGUAUUCAGCUCGGAUACCACAGAGCUCCCUCCAAGCCUCUUGAUGCUGUAACUGAACAAAGGCGGAGACGGCUGUUUUGGUGCUGCUACGUUCAGGAGCGGUUUGCUGCAUGUGGACUGGGAAGGCCUAUAGCCAUUGCUGACUGUGACAUUACCGUUGAGAUGCCCGAUUACGUCUGUCUGGAUGACUUGCAAAAGGGGCUUGACACGAGCAUACCUAAUAGAGCCGAGGUUGCUGUGCUCAUCCGACAAGCUCAACUGCGCAGAAUCUCAACAAAGGUUCGCGAACAGCUCUACGAAAGACGCACAAACGCUAGCUUUCAAGCCAAGGCAGAGGCCGCCACUCAACUCAAUGCGGAGCUUGAACAGUGGCGUCUCUUACACGAGGAGAUGAGUACUGUCUCCCAUUCUCCAUGUAUCUUUUUGACAAAAGAGUACAUGGAAGUCAACUUUUAUCGAGAGAAGCUCUUUAUUUUCUCUACAUUGGUCGUCCCGACUGGCCAGGAGGCGCAUUUAUUUAGGCCUGACGUGGCAUAUCUCAGGCACUGCUUGGACCCAGCCGUUCAAAUCAUCUUCCUUUACCAGACUCUGUUGGCCAAGGGUGUCAAGACGACAUUAUGGACGUGGAUACAAGAUAUACUACGCUCUGGAUUCAUGAUUCUAUACUGUGGAAUCCACACCUCAAACAUUCUCAGCAGCCAAGAUGAAGCCGCCGCUUCUUCUAUAGCCACAGAUCAGAUUCCGGAGCCCCGCUCCAUCAUCAAAGCUCUCGACGACUGUCGCCAGAUGCUUAAAGACAUUUCUCUAAAGUGGACGGCAGUAACUCCACACUGGGUGGCAUUUGACCGGCUAUCCUGCGAGGGGCUUUGGGAUGUGCCGAUGGAUAUGUCCUAUUGGGAUGGUCUGUUGGAUGGCGAUGUAAAUAUGAAUGAGGUGUUUGGUUUUGAUAUGAAUACGUUUGCGUGA